UCUCCCAAGGAGUUCGACUCUACUUCACACGCGUACAGCUCGACUCAGUCAUCGUCGGAUUCAAUUACUCCCACCAGUGCCGUUCAUAAGGAGCCCGUGGUCACAAGUAAUGCACCUGCAGCUUCAGCAGCUAAAAUACCGCAAUAUGAAGUACCGCCAUGUGAUGUCACCGAAGGUUUAAGAGCCAUAGCAUUGUGGGAUUACCAAGCUGCUGAUGGGACGGAAAUUUCCUUCGAUCCUGACGACAUCAUAACGGAGAUUGACCAGUUGACCUCAGGAUGGGCGUCGACCAAGACCUCGAGGAAGGGCGACUUCGGGGGCUAUUUUCCGUGCCAACUCACUUAG